AUGAGUUUCUUCUUUGGUGGACGUCGUUCUCCUCUAGGACCUCCACCCGAUCCGGAGGCUUCCUCUUCCGACUCUUCUUCUGGAUCGUCUUACUCCAGUCGCAGCAGCCGUUCCAGGAGCAGUUACAAUUCUGCCAGUCAGAGGCAAGAUCCACCUCAAGCUUCGACUGCGGCUCCUUCGGCCCAAGAAUUGGAGGAAAUUCGACAACUCUACAUGGUGGGCACUCAAAUUUCCGUACUCGAAGCCAUGUAUGAUCCAGCCAGUGUGCGGGCCGUAGUAGACGCUGUGGAGCAAGAACGAAGCGGCAGUAGCAGGGCAGCCGCUGCCACCCAGGAUGAUGAUAGUGGAUCCAAAUCAAAAAGCACACACAGCGGUGCCCCCAGAGAUGACGACCAAGGAUCCAGGGGUACCCGUGGUAGCAAGGCAUCUGGGGGGACACGUGGUAGUGGCAGCAGAGGAGUAGAGGAAGGAUCCAGAGGAACAGCUGGCAGUAGGGGAACACGUGCUAGUGGCAGCCAGCAGGGAUCCAGAGGAACUCAAACUGGAAGCAAAGGAUCAAGGGGAGCACACAGCGGAAGCAGAGGAUCCAGACAUACCCAUCACGGUAGCAGAGAUGACGAGUCUCGAAGGAGCAGAUCAGAGUCUCGAAGGAGCAGAUCAGACCAUGAUGAUGAUGAUGAAACCAGUUAUGAUUCUAGAUCUCAUGGAUCCGCUUCUUCCAGUGGAUCAUCAGGCUCUAGUAGCUAUGAUUCUGAAGGCUCCUAUACGUCCCGUCGCUCCGAUGAAGGGUCUUACACGUCCCGUCGCUCCGAUGGUGAAGGUUCCUACGAGAGUAGACGACGACGACGACGUGAUGACAAUUCGCACAGUGCUACGGAACACUCACGACACACAGCCAGUAGUGGUCGUACCGGAGCAAGCCGUGGUCCGGACGAGAGCUUUACGGAACGACCAGGAGGGGACUUUACGGAAAGCAGUCGUACAUCCACAGAUCCACAUCAACGACCACAACAAGGGGACGUCGUUGUUCUUGCAGACGAGAGUACUACUACUCGGACUUUGACAGAUCCGCAUCAGCGAACAACAACAAUGGAGUCCAGUGGCUCGCACUAUUCCGACACUAUCAGGUCCGACACUUUGAGAUCGGAUCGGGGAGACUUUAGCGAGUCGCAACACACUGGAAGUACCAGAACAAAAGAAGACGACAGGGGAAGGGAGUCAGCCACCGCUGCUAGGACUGAUCAACGCCGAGGGGGGCAAGGUGGACGACAAGCACAGCAAAGGGGAGAUAGCAGUCGAGCUCACAGUCAUCGGCAAGGUGACGGCGAUUACUCACAACAACAACAAAGCCCACGAACUACGGGUCAACGAAGCGAUCACUCUUCCAUCACAUCACCGAGUGGGCGAUCUCAAAGCACCAGUGGCAGGGGCGCGGGACGGGGGCGCGGUGACCACGAUUCUUCUGGCCGUGGUGGAUCCUCGUCUUCUAUUAGUGCGAGGCAAGCGGGUCAGCGGUACAGCGACAAUAGCUCGAGUCAUUCGCAAAGUCACCGUCCUCACCCACGGGAUCACUCUGGUUCUAGUCCCAGCACCUUUGCAUCUCGCAGCUAUACCGACCACACGCGGGGGGAUCAGACGACGGAAGGGGCAGCUUCGUGGCAUACAGGCAGUCCUGCCUCUGGGACUGAAGCUCACUCAUCACCGUCGUGGCACACGCAUAGUUCCGAAUACACUGGGCACAGUCGAGGGACAGCCGAGUCUCACUCGCAUUCUCAUUCGCGGUCCUACACGGAGCACACACGUGGUUCGGAAUAUAGCACAGAUCGCCCUGACCAACAGGGUUCCUCGCCCGAGUCUUACACUCCAACCGAGACACAGGGGGAAUCUCCUGAUGGUUCUCCGUCGACGUAUGCAGAUUCAGCACACGUUGGAGCUGUGGCGGGAUCACCGGAUGCAUCGUAUCGUUCACCCGCCGCCAAACCACCCUCGCCGGUACUUUCUAGAACAUCCUACAGAUCUUCUUUUGACAAAGAAGAGUCUAUUACAAAACCUCCUUCUCCAGUUCUUUCUCGAAAAUCCUCCAAGUCUACGCCCCCUGCAAAGCUUCCGGCCGAAAAACAGCCUGCUUCUUCCCACAGUGAAGAACCGCCCCCCACCGCUUCCGUCCCACCUGCGUCACCGGAAGCAGUACGCAGAGCUCCUGAGGAAAAGUCACGCGGUGUUAUCAAGAUUCCCUUGGAUACACCGGACGAUGUGUCUUCCAUCACCCAUGGCAGCAGCGGUUCGCACUCAAACUCCGAGAGCUAUAGUGCCCAUACAAACAGCGAUCUCAUAGGUGACUCUAUGCACCUCCAACGAUGGACCGAUGCCGCUGGAAAUUCCGUACACAUGCGAUCAGGCGAUCGUCUGUCUACUCGCAGCGAUUCCCAGCACACUCGAUCGGAUCGAUUGCUGGCGCAUCGCCAACGGUCCUAUGAACCAGACUCGGCACAUUCACGUUCGUCCGUUACUCAACGUCUGUCGUCGCACUCACGACGCAGCGGUACCAGUGACCCCAACAGCGGCCAUUCUAGAGGAUCGUCCGCUGGAGUCUUAGGCUUUUUUGGAUCCUUUUUGGGUCGAGGUGACGAAGCUGUCAAGAAGCAAGAAGUUGUAAGUCUGUUUGCCAACGAAGCUGAAAUUCGCGCGUCCUUUGCUAGGGGUAUGACUGCUGAAGAGCUUGAGGAGUACUUUGAUUGGGAAGAGAUUGCUCAGGUUCAAGACAAAAUGGAAGAGGAAGAGGAGCUUUUGCAAGUUGCCGAGGCUAUUCAAGGGGGGAACGAGGGUGGUUCGAAAGGGUCUGGCAAAUUUGGCAUUCCAACAGAAGUCAGUGUUGAUGGGAGGGGUUCGACUAGCGGCAGUCCUUUCGGGAAAGAUGACACAUCAGAGUCCCGAGACAGCAGCUCCAAGCCUUCAGUGAAGCCAGUCAGCGAGCAAAUUCUGGAGUUGUACAAUUCUGGAACCACGCGGCAAAAGUUGGAAACAAUAUUCCACCCAAAAGAGGUGGCAGAAGCUUUAGGCAAAGGCGGCGGCGACGACGAUCAGUCUAGCAGGUCAUCAGAUGAUUCUGGUAGAGACCGCGGAGAUGAAGAGAGCCACAAGGACUACGAGCUGCGGCUCAUGCGUCGUCGCAAGAGGCUUUCCAUGAUUGUGGAAGAAAUGUCAACCGACACGGAACAUGACGCAAGUCGGAGAGGCUCGAACGUGGAUGACAGUGAGCGACUGCUCCCAGCUUCGUCCUUCCGGUCUUCAGGUUCUGAGAGGCGUUCUCUCAAGCCCGCAGACGAGUCAGAGGAACAGUCGGGUUCUGACUCGAGUAUGGGUAACGGGAAAAAGCGGAGUAGCCGCCCCUUGGAUGACAGCAGCAGCAAGAAUGACGGGGAUAGUCACUCCAGUCGGUCUUCUGGGGCAUCAAGGGCUUCGGGAGGCUCAGAUGAAGCAGAAUCAUUUGCUAUGCUGGCAAGAAAGAAGAGGCUAUCAAUGAUUGCCGAGGCGGACGAUGAUACGGACCAAGAUUCCAGCAAGAGGAGAGAGACGCUCAAUGCUAUUGCCGAAGACCUCAGUGCAUCAGGUUCUUCCGCAUCAGGGAAAGGGGAUACCAGGAAAGAAGGGUCUACAGAACGUCCCUCUAUAUCAUCUCAAGAAAGUCCCGAACGGGAACCAGGUGCUCAGUCUUCCAAUCCACCAUCGAGUGAGAUUUCUGGUCGCGAUGACGAGCAGAGUGCCAGCGUCCCUUCGGUUCGACCAGUUCAUGAGCAGAUCUUGGAGCUGCACAAUUCAGGGACAAAGCGGGCAGUUUUGGAAGCUAUCUUUCACCCGGAUGAAGUUGCACGAGUGCUAGAUGAAAGUAGCGACCACAGUGACGACGACGAAGAAAGCCUCUCCAGCGACGGGUCAUCUGGAUCAGGCGGGUCGACAAGUUCAUCCGGUUCGUCGAGGUCCUCGGCGUCCUUCGACGAGACCAAUUCUUUUUCAUCUAUAACCAAGAAUAUGACUCUGUCGAUGAUUGUUGAAUUAGAAGACUCUACGGACACCGACCGCGAAUCAAGUCAAAGGAAGGACAGAAUGGGUGAAGCAGGGACGGAUCGAGAAUCAAGUCACCGAAAAGACAGAGCGGCUCUUGAAGCAAUCGAUGAAAGUCGGGUUCAGUCGACCGCGUCAGUGCCUCGGAGCCAGGAAGGAAAGGCAAGCAAGGCCGAUGUUUCGGGAACAGUACCGCAAAGUUCGGCCGCAGGUGGUAGUGUCAAGUCCUUGAAAGAGCAAAGAAGCCGCAACGUUCCAGCUUCAAGCUCAUCUGAGAAGGAUGAGCGCACUCGACCCCACGAUGAGACGACUGGCCACGCGGAACCCACCGAGGAAGCAGUUGCUGGUAUUCAAAUACCUUCCAGCAUUGGCGCUACUUCUCACGCGUCGGCAAAGGGGUCGUCGAACGUUUCUAGCCCGAUGGCGGUGGCAGCUAGAGGACUUGCUGAUGUUGCAAAUGCCCCAAUCACGCGUCAGGGAGAUGACCCUAGUCAUGGCGACGAUUCCGGCUCGAGCAGUGGAAGUAGCACCAAAUCCGAGAAUGGCAGUGAUGCAGCUUCGGGCUCAGCUGGUGACAAAUCAAUCGAGAUGGAGCUUGCAUCUAUAGAUGUAAGCCGCCAGUCGUCGGAUGAGGACGACGAUGACGAUGAAGAGCGCAUUGCCGAGCUCUGGAAUACAGAGUCACAUCGCAGCAACAGCAAUUUCUUGCGAAGUAGCUUUCACGCACUUCAAAGUUCAAUCGUGCAACUUCAGCCACACCGGCCCAGUCUCGCAAGGAGGCCCUCCGUUGAGGAAGCUAAGCAAGCUGCCGCAGAAAUCAACCUUGAAUCCGACAUACGCGGACUCCUCGACGCUGGUACUAAAGUCGAAACACUUGAAACCAUGUACAGCCCAACAGCUGUUCGGAAGGUUCUCUCAAAGAAGGAAGCCGAGGCGGACCUCAUCAAGAUGUUGGAUGACUCGUCUAAGGAGAUUGCUUCGGAUGAGAGGGAAACCAUCACUAUCAAAGAAGAAUUCGAUGCAUUGAAGAAUCGGUUGGCCGCUACGUUGUCCGAGAAAGAAAGCUUGCAAAGGGCCAAUUCACUUCUUGAACAACAAAAGGAAGCACUCUUGAAAGAUCAAGCCACGACACAAGAGCGAUUGAAGAGGGUCAUCGACGAGAACGAGCUUGUUAAAGCCGAGUGUUCAUCCAUGAAAAGAGAGCUCGACGAAGCUAAGAAUGCAGCACAAAAGAUGGCAAACAUAUCGAAUGAUAUGAAGAAGAUUGAAGUGGACCGUGAUGAGGCUGUGUCCAGACUUGAUCAAACGACUUUGGAACUUGAGCGGCUUACUGCCGAAUCAAAGGAACUAGCCAAAACCAAUGAAAUGGCCGUGUCAGAAAUGAAAGAUCAGUUACUAGAGCUCCAACGAAGCAAGGAUUUCACAGAGGAGCAGCUGGAGAAAGUGGUGGGGAUUUUCGACAGUCUCAGAGAAGACAAGGAUGCUGCUGUGCGAAGCCAACAAGAUGCAUUGGAACAAGUUCAUGGGCUUCAGGCUGUAAUAGCUGAUCUUGAGGCUGCAACGUUUGCAGCAGAAGAGCAGCUUAAGGUCGUAGCAGAAGAGGGGGGGAACCAAAGCGCUGCUGACUUCGAAGAGCAACUUGCACUGUUGCAGAAGAAGUGUUCGUCAUUGGAGAUCGAACUGGAGAAGGCCAAGCAGGAACAAGCUGGGAAGAGUAUUCCAGACCCAUCUUUGGCCAGAGAACUUGAGGUUGGCAAUGCCCACUCAGUGGACCAUGAUCCCUUGUAUGGGCCAAGGGAACCAGAACCUGUAGACCCUGAAGAAAAGGGGAAAAUGGGCAAGAAGAAGUUUGUCUCAAAAGAUACACGCUUGAAGACUCUGGAGGCUGCUGUGGAUGAGCAGGACUUACAACUACAGAAAACUCUGGUGGAAAUGGAAGUUUUGAACUCAGAGAAGAGGUCCUUGGAGAAGAAGCUGGAGGCUCAAGAUGAAGAGUUACAGCAAAUCCUCCAUGAGCUGGAAACACAAGGACUGCAGGAAGCAGUUGUGGAAAGCAGGAGCAUCCCCAAGGCUUCGCAAGGCAGCAAGGAUGAUUCAGAAGACACCCAGACGGCUAUGGCUCAACUGACGGCAGAUCACCAGGUAUCUAAAGAUCGGUUGGAACAGCUGGAACAGGACAAAGCCAAGUUAGAAUCCCAAAAGGAUGCACUUGAGGCUGAUUUGGAGAGCAUGAAGCAGAAGGUUGCUGUGCUUGAGGAUGAUGUUUCCAAGUACAGCAAUGAAAGGGCCAGAUACAAGGCAGAAAUGGAUGAUCUUUUGCAGGCUAAGGAUCAAAAGACUGAAGUGGAUGCUGCCCUCAAUCAGCAACUUGCAUUGUUGCAGGAGAAGUGUUCGUCAUUGGAGAUCGAACUGGAGAAGGCCAAGCAGGAACUAGCUGGGAAGAGUAUUCCAGACCCAUCUUUGGCCAGAGAACUUGAGGUUGGCAAUGCCCACUCAGUGGACCAUGAUCCCUUGUAUGGGCCAAGGGAACCAGAACCUGUAGACCUUGAAGAAAAGGGGAAAAUGGGCAAGAAGAAGUUUGUCUCAAAAGAUACACGCUUGAAGACUCUGGAGGCUGCUGUGGAUGAGCAGGACUUGCAACUACAGAAAACUCUGGUGGAAAUGGAAGUUUUGAACUCAGAAAAGAGGUCCUUGGAGAAGAAGCUGGAGGCUCAAGAUGAAGAGUUACAGCAAAUCCUCCAUGAGCUGGAAACACGAGGAUUGGCAAGCAGAGGCGAUCCAUCACCCAGCACCGUGGCUAGAGAAGGCGACCAACCAGAAGUCUCCACUAGUAGGAGCCUUCCUAAAGCAGAGCAGAAGAAGGACCCAUCGACUUCCACGGACACUGGAGAACAGAAGGAAGCAAUUGUGGAAAGCAGGAGCACCCCCAAGGCUUCGCAGGGCGGCAAGGAUGAUUCGAAGGCUAUGGCUCAACUGACGGCAGAUCACCAGGUUUCUACAGAUCGGUUGGAACAGCUGGAACAGGACAAAGCCAAGUUAGAAUCCCAAAAGGAUGCACUUGAGACUGAUUUGGAGAGUUUGAAGCAGAAGGUUGCUGUGCUUGAGGAUGAUGUUUCCAAGUACAGCAAUGAGAGGGCCAGAUACAAAGCAGAAAUUGAUGAUCUUUUGCAGGCUAAGGAUCAAGAGACUGAAGUGGCUGCCAGGCUCAAUCAGCAGCUUGAGGAAGCCAAGGGGUCGAUUGACACUAUGGAGGCAAAGGUGAAGUCCUCAGAGGCUAUGGUUGACAAGCUGAAACAAGAGGUUGUGAGCUUGGAGGAAGAUGUUUCCAAGUACGGCGAUGAGAGGGCCAAGAACCAGGCAAAAAUUGAUGAGCUCUCACAGGCCAUCCAUUCGGAAAGAGAGAACUCUGCAAGCUUGAAUCAAAAGCUAAAGGAGGCCAUGGAGCAAAGAGACAAUUUGGAGGCUCAAGUGAAUUCCUCAGAGGCCAUGGUAGACAACUUACGAAAACAGGUAGACAAGAUAGAGGAGGAAUCCACCAACUUUGGUGACGAGAGGGCCAGAUACAAGGCAGAAAUUGAUGAUCUCUUGCAGGCGAAGGAUAAGGAGAGAGAAGUGACUGCUGGCCUCAAUCACCAGCUGGAGGAAGCCAAGAUGGAGAUUGAUACCAUGGAGGCUAAGGUAAAGUCCUCAGAGGCUAUGGUUGACAAGCUGAAACAAGAGGUUGUGAGCUUGGAGGACGAUAUCACCAGGUAUGGGGAUGAGAGGGCGAAGAACCAGGCAGAAAUUGAUGAGCUCUCACAGGCCAUCCAGUCGGAAAGAGAAACCUCUGCAAGCUUGAAUCAAAAGCUAGAGGAGGCCGUGGAGCAAAGAGACAAUUUGGAGGCUCAAGUGAACUCCUCAAAGGCCUUGGUAGACAACUUGCAGCAACAGGUAGCCCAUGUUGCAGAGGAAACCAACAACUUUGGUGAUGAAAGGUUGAGUUACCAGGCGGAAAUUGAUAAGCUCACCCUUGCCAACCAGCAGGAGCGAGAAGCGGUUGCCAGUCUCAAUCAGCAGCUGCAAGAAACCAAGGGGGAGAUUGACACCAUGGAGGCUCAAUUGAAGUCCUCUGAGGUUGUGGUGGAUGAGCUAAAAGAUCAGAUUUUGACUUUGGAGGAAGAUAUCACCAGGUUUGGUGAUGAGAGGGGGGUGUACAAGGCCGAAAUUGGUAAGCUCAUGCAGACCAACCAGCAGGAGAGGGAAACCUCUGCAAGCUUGAAUCAGAAGCUGGAGGAGGCUAUCGGGCAAGGAGACACUUUGGAGGCUCAGGUAAAGUCUUCAGAGGCCAUGAUGGACGAUUUGCGACAACAGGUUGCCAGCAUGGAGGAGGAUUCCACUAGGUAUAGUGAGGAAAAGGCGAAAUACCAGGACGAAAUUGAUGAGCUCACGCUGGCCAACCAUCAGGAGAGAGAAGCAUCUGCAAGCUUGAAUCAGCAACUCAAGGAGGCAUCAGAAAAGUUGAUUCACAGCCAGGAUAGAAUGAACGACCUGGAAUCCCAGCUUGGCGAAUGGCAAGGCUUCAAGAAUGAUUUGGAGUCUGUUCUGAAAGUAUCUGGCUCCAACAUCAUCAGCCUUAAAGAGAAGAUUCUCCAGCUCCAAUCAGAUUGUGCUGAUGCAGAGCAGGGCAACGAAAAGCACGCAGCAGAAAUUCUUGUCUUGAAACAGGAGAAGGAUGAUCUAGCUUCGAAAGUUGAUGUGACUUGCAGCGAGCUUUCGGCAGCCCAGGAUGCUUUGGCUCAAUUUGAGACUCAGAUGAGCCAGGUGUCCAAGGAAAAGGAAUCAAUCUUUGCUCAAAAGGAAGCAGCAUCAGUUCAAGUUGGCCGGCUAGAAUCAGAGCUAAAGGAUGCAACCAGUCAGAUCUCAGUUCUAACUGCAGAUCUUGAUGGCAAGUCUAAAGAUCUCCAGGAAGCACUGCUGCUGGCAGGAUCCUUAAGAGAAAAUAUGUCAGAGAAACAGCAAAAGAAGGCCACUAACGAAGACAUGCUAAGAGAAGCCAACCAAAAAGUCGCAUCAUUAGAGGCUGAAAUUGAACAAUGUGCAUCUCGUGAAUCUAAAACUGCAGAGCAACUUGCUGAAUGCAAGGAUUGCCUUGGAGCGAUGGAACACUCAAGAGAUGAGGCUCUGUCCAGACUGGACCAAAUUAGUUUGGAAAUUGAGGAUCUCUCUGAUGAGAUAAAGGAGCUUGUUGCAAUCAAGGAAAUAUUUUUGUCAGAAAUGAAUGAUGCCAACACGAAAGUGUUAGCCCUGGAGGAUGAGCUGGUGAAGCUCCAAAACAGUAAGGAUUCUACAGUAGAGCAGUUAGCAAAGACUAUGGAGGAUUUGGACAGUCUCAGAGAAGACAAGGAUGCUGCUGUGCGAAGCCAACAAGAUGCAUUGGAACAAGUUCAUGGGCUUCAGGCUGUAAUAGCUAAUCUUGAGGCUGCAACGUUUGCAGCAGAAGAGCAGCUUAAGGUCGUAGCAGAAGAGGGGGGGAACCAAAGCGCUGCCGACUUCGAAGAGCAACUUGCACUGUUGCAGAAGAAGUGUUCGUCAUUGGAGAUCGAACUGGAGAAGGCCAAGCAGGAACAAGCUGGGAAGAGUAUUCCAGACCCAUCUUUGGCCAGAGAACUUGAGGUUGGCAAUGCCCACUCAGUGGACCAUGAUCCCUUGUAUGGGCCAAGGGAACCAGAACCUCUAGACCCUGAAGAAAAGGGGAAAAUGGGCAAGAAGAAGUUUGUCUCAAAAGAUACACGCUUGAAGACUCUGGAGGCUGCUGUGGAUGAGCAGGACUUACAACUACAGAAAACUCUGGUGGAAAUGGAAGUUUUGAACUCAGAGAAGAGGUCCUUGGAGAAGAAGCUGGAGGCUCAAGAUGAAGAGUUACAGCAAAUCCUCCAUGAGCUGGAAACACAAGGACUGGUAAGCAGAGGCGGUCCAUCACCCAGCACAGUGGCUAGAGAAGGCGACCAACCGGAAGUCACCACUAGUAGGAGCCUUCCUAGAGCAGAGCAGCAGAAGGACCCAUCGACUUCUGUGGACCCUGGAGAACAGCAGGAAGCAAUUGUGGAAAGCAGGAGCAUCCCCAAGGCUUCGCAUGGCGGCAAGGAUGAUUCGAAGGCUAUGGCUCAACUGAAGGCAGAUCACCAGGUUUCUACAGAUCGGUUGGAACAGCUGGAACAGGACAAAGCCAAGUUAGAAUCCCAGAAGGAUGCACUUGAGACUGAUUUGGAGAGCAUGCGGCAGAGGGUUGCUGUGCUUGAGGAUGAUGUUUCCAAGUACGGCGAUGAGAGGGCCAAGAACCAGGCAACAGUUGAUGAGCUCUCAAAGGCCAUCGAGAAGGAAAGAGAAACCUCUGCAAGCUUGACUCAAAAGCUAGAGGGAGCAGGAGGGCAGGAUGAACUGAGUCGAACUAAAAUAGCCCGGCUUGAAGAAAAGCUUGUUCAGCAGGGCAAUGUUGAAGAACGAAUGGAUGAUAUGGAGGCCCAGUUGAAAUCUUCAGAGGCCCUAGUGGAAAGCUUGGAAAAGAAGUUAGGAGAACUUGAGACCAUCAAUGCCAAGUUUGAUGAUGAGAAAGCAAUCUACUUGGCCGAAAUUGAACAGUUUACAGAGCGUGCAGACAAUGAGAAAGAAACCUCUAAAGGUCUGAGGGUGCAAUUGGAAGAGGCCAAGGGUCAACUACAACAACUUCAACAGGAAAAGGAGAUCUUGGAAGAGCAGCUGUCUAAACAAGAAGAACUUGUGGUGAAUAAGGAGGACCUCGAAGCCCAGCUGAGGUCUGCAGAGGCUCUCGUGAACAGCUCCCAAGAGCAGGUUUCAGGGCUGGAGCACCGCAUCAACCAGAUCAAUGAUGAAAGAAAGAGCCACCAAGACAAAGUAGAUGAGCUUACGCAGUCCAUCAGAGAAGAGAAGGAACUUUCCUCUGAGCUGAGGCAGCAACUGACGGAAGCUACUGAGCAAAUGAGACAGAUCCAGCAAGAGAGCUUGGAGUUGAAGACCAAGCUUCUGGAACGUGAGGAUCUGAGAGGUGUUUGUGAAGGUUUGGAGGCUGACGUGAAAUCAAAAGAGACACAUGUUUCAAAGUUGGAGCAAAGGCUUGAAGAGCUGGAGGAGGAGAGAGGUAGCUUUCAAACGAGGAUGGAUGAUCUGAUUCACUCCAAGGAAGCAUCCAGUAGUUUGCAGCAACAAUUGGAGGAUGCAAGGCAAGAUUUGAAUGGGAUUCAGCUGGAGAAAACCAAUUUGGAAAGCCAGCUUCAAGAACAGAAAGGUCUCCUUGCAGAGAAGGAAUCCCAAGAGACUCUUGUAACCAGCUUGAGAGGAAAGGUUGCGAAGUUGGAGGAAGAUGCUGGUGUGUUGGAACAUGCGCUGGAGAGCUGCAAGACAAAUCUGAAGUUCAUUGAGAAGGAAAGAGAUGAUGUGGUUAGGCAGAAAGAUGGUGCCACCAACAGACUUCAGUCACUUGUAGCUGAGGUGGCUGAAGUAAGGAAUGCCAAGUUGGAAUUGGAAGAUGAACUUGAUGCGGCUAACGGGCAACUUCAGCUCUUGCAAUCAGAAAAUGCCGAGAUCAAAUCAAGCUUCGAUCUUGUAGAAAAACAGCUACAGGAAGCGAAUUCCAAAAGCGAUGGUUUGGCCAGUGAAUUGGAAACAGCCACAAGCAAAUUAUUGGCAGUCAAUCAGAGACAGAAUGCCCUGUUGAAAACAUCAAGGGGCGAAGCAGAAGUGGAGCGCAGAAAAUCACUUCGUGUGAUAGAGAAACUCAAGCUUGAUAUGGAAGAGGCCAGCAGCCAACAGAGGCAGCUUAACGAAGAAGUUGAAAGGACAAAGGCUGAUCAAAAGGAACUUCUGGAUGGAAAGAAUGUGGCUGAAAGGGAGCUUGCUGCAAUGGAGUCACAAAAGGAUGACUUGGAUUCUCUUGUGGCUGGGCUUCAAGCUGCAAAAGCAGAUCUAGAAUCCAGACUUCAGCAGGCACAAGGGGCCACCAAGAGUCUUGAGAGCAAUAUCCUCGAAAUGAAACAAGAGAGGGACAGGGGUCACCAUCACAUGAAUGAGAUGAAGCUUCAGUUAGAGGAAGAAGCCAGAAAAUCUGAGAAGGCUGUUGCUGAUGCAAUAGAAUUGACUGCUGAACUGGAGGCAAGAAAAGAGGAAGUCAAAGAGUUGAAACUUGCCAGAGAUGAGGCAGUCGUACAAAGGCAAGAAACAAGUGAAGCAAUCCGCAACCUCCGAGAAGAGAAUGCUGAUCUUGAUGAAGCACGACUCGAUGUGGAGAGUGAACUGAGUAACAUUAAGGCAAAGCUGGAAGAUGCAUUGCAGGAGCUCUCUAACGUCCAAUCGGAAAGGUCAGAAGCAAUCACCAGUCUGGAGCAAACUAAGGCAAGGUUGCUGGACCUUGAAGCAGAAUUGUCUGAUCUGAAGGCAUCUCAUACUGCACUGAAAGAGCAGCUUGACAAUGCAGAGCAAAAGUUUCAUGACCUCAAGCUUCAAUCAAAUCUGGCUGGCAACGCUCAAGAAAAUAUGCCAACAGCUGCCAGGAGUCUACCUCAGGAAUCAGACGAGGAAAAGGUUGAACUCAAAAAGGCAAUUCAGGAUAGGAAGGACGCUGAGCUUGAAAAAGCCCGUGCUCAAGAGGCUGCAAAUGUCUUGGCCUUGCAGGUGGAGCAGCUGGAGUCUGAGCUACUCAAACAAGAAAGUGUCAUGCCAUCAGUGGCCGCUGGUGACCUGGAUGAACCUAAAGGAAGGCAGCAGCAGUUGGAAGAUAAAGUUGGUCAUCUCCAAGCGUCAAUGGUAGGGCUUGAAGACGAUCUCAAGGAAGCCCACGCAAACAACCACACUCUCACACUUGAAAGGGAUGGUGCAUUGGAACAGCUACAGUCCUUUGCUUCCAAGCUCAAGAUUCUUGGGGUUGAGUCUUCAGUGUUGCAAAAUGCUAGAUCUGCCGCUGCUGCUGAUGUGAACAAGGCAACAGAGAAGAUCAAGGACUUGGAAAACCAACUGGCUGCUCUUCAAACUUCUGAGGAUGCAUUGAGAGAGGAGUCAGAGAAAGCACAGGUGUACAUCAAGAACUUGGAGCUGGAAAGGGAUCAAGCCCAAGAAGACCUUAAGACAAGUGCUGGAGCUGCGACUGACGAUGAAAUGGAGAAUGCAAAGAAUAAGAUCAAGGACUUGGAAGACCAAGUGACUGAUCUUGCAGUGUCUGAGGAUGCCAUGAGACAUGAGUUGGAGAAAGCAAAGAAUCACAUUGUGGAACUAGAGCCGUAUCAGUAUCAAGGCAGAUCCUUGGAUGCCUUAACAAAAAGGCUUGAAGAGGUGGAAUCAAACCAACAAACCCAGGCACCACCAGUGCAGGGUAGGACUACAACGUCCAUUCAUAGACUUGAAGAUGCCAAUGAUGACAUCCAAAGACUUCAGGAACCACAAGCAAAUCUGAAAGCAUUGACAGAGCAGAGGGACCAAGCUCUACAGAAUGCAAAUGCCUUAACCUCUCAGUUGGAGCAGCUGGAAUCCAACUUGUCCCAUCAACAACAUGCCAAUUCACUUGUAAAGAUUGACCUUGAUCAAGCCAAAGAGAGGCAGCAACAAUUGGAAGAACAAAUUGGUAAACUCGAAGCUGCUCUGGUUGGGCUGGAAGAUGAGCUCAAGGAAGCCCAAGAUGACAACCACACUCUCACACUUGAAAGGGAUGGUACCUUGGAACGGCUGCAGUCCUUUGCAGCGAAGCUCAAGAGUCUAGGGGUUGAGUCUUCAGUGUUACAAAGUGCUAGGUCUGCUGCUGAUGAUGAAGUGAACACUGCAACAGAGAAGAUCAAGGACUUGGAAAGCCAACUGACAGAUCUUCAAGAUUCUGAGGAUGCAUUGAAACAGGGGUCGAAGAAAGCACAGGUGUACAUCAAGAACUUGGAGCUGGAAAGGGAUCAAGGCCAAGAAGACCUCGAGGAAUUGAACAGAAAGCUGGAACAGACUGAAUUAGACUGGUCAAAGCAGCUGUCAAUGGCCCAAGCUGAGCUCGAGGAAACAGAGCGAGUGAUCAUUGAGCAGGUCAAUCACCUUGAUGCCACUUCUGGUGAUUUCGAAGAAGAUCUACGGCAAACACUGCUCAAUUUGGAAGCUAUUAAACUCGAAAGAGAUCAGGCCCAGGACAGUGCAAGGGUUUUGUCAAGUAAGGUGGCUAACCUUGAAUCAAAAUUGUUGCAAGAGCAAACAGUUAGAUCACUUGCCAAUGAAAAAGCAGAUGAAGCUGCUACCAAGAAAAUGAAGGACAUGGAAAACCAACUAGCUGAUCUUCGUGCAUCUGAGGAUGCCACGAGGCUUGAGUACAAUAAAGCAAUGGGUGACAUCAAACUUUUGGAGUCAGAAAAGGACAAGAGCCAAGAGGCGAUGGAUGUGUUGACUACACAGUUGGUAGAGUUGCAGGGAGACAGGUCAAGCCAGGAGGCCGAGCUGGCAUUGGCUAACAAUGACCUCGAGGAAGCCAAGCACAUGGUGGAGGACAGAGUGGCCCAACUUGAGACCACCACAGAUGAUUUGGCGGAGGAACUCCAGAGCACUCUGGACAAUUUGCAGGCGUUACAGCUUGAGAGAGAUCAAGCCCAAAAGAGGGUCAAGUCUUUGACUGCAAAAUUGGAACAGCUUGAAGCUGGGAUGAGUCCCCGGGGUGCACGGUCGAUUGAGGCAACUGACAAACUAGAUCAAGCCAAUGUGAGGCAGCAAGAGCUGGAAGAAAAAGUUGCUCAAUUCCAAGCUGCAAUGGUUAGCUUGGAAGAUGAGCUCGAAGAAGCUAAAGAGAGCAACCAAACUCUGACACUUGAGCGGGACAACACUUUGGCACGGCUACAGUCCUUUGCAGCCAAGCUUGGGGAUCUUGGGGUUGAGUCUUCAGUGUUGCAAAGUGCUAGAUCUGCCGCUGAUGAUGAAGUGAAAAAGACAGCCAAGAAGGUCAAGGACUUGGAAAGCCACCUGGCUCAUCAUCAAGCUUCGAAGGAAGCCAUGAAACAGGAGUUGGAGAAGGCAAGGAAUCGCAUUUUAGAACUGGAGCCAUAUCAAGACCAAAGUCAAACCUUGGACGCCUUGUACAAGAGACUGGAACAGCUGGAAACCAACCGACCAACUCAGACUCCCAGAAUCCUGGCUGGAGGUACAGGUACAAUACAAGAACCUGAAGCUGCCAAUGAUGACGUGCAUGAUCAACUCCAGAAAACACAAGCAAAUCUGAGAACAACAACAGAUGAGAGGGACCAAGCUCUGCAGAAUGCAAAUGCCUUGGCCUCUCAGUUGAAGCAGCUGGAAUUCGAUUUGUCCAAUCAACGACAGGCCAAUUCACUGGCGAGGAAUGACCUUGAUCAAGGCAAAGAGAGGCAGCAGCACUUGGAGGAACAAGUUGGUCAACUCCAAGCUGCACUGACUGGGCUGGAAGAUGAGCUCAAGGAAGCCCACGAUGACAAACACACCCUAACGCUUGAAAGGGAUGGUACUUUGGAGCAGGUACAGUCCCUUGCAGCCAAGCUCAAGGAUCUUGGGGUUGAGUCUUCAGUGUUACAAAGUGCUAGGUCUGUUGCUGAUGAUGAAGUGACCAAUGCAACAGAGAAGAUCAAGGACUUGGGAAGCCAACUGGCAGAUCUUCAAGCUUCUGAGGAUUCAUUGAGAAUGGAGUCAGCGAACGCGCAGGAGUACAUCAAGAAGUUAGAGCUGGAAAAGAAUCAAGGCCAAGAGGUUUUAGAGGCACUGAAGUCAAGACUAGAAGAACUGGAAGAACGAGCACCGGGCCAGAAACAAGAAGUGCAUGAAGGCAACGAGAAAGCAACUACAGUUGGAAGUAUCUUGGAGAAGCAGCUGGCUGGUGUGCAAUCAGCAUAUGCUACUUUGAAGAAAGAACUCGACGAGGCUCGUUUGAGGGCUCACGGAACAAGCAAGCAAUACGAACAAGCUGUGGAGAAGCUUGCUGCAACGGCUGAUCAGCUAAAGAGUCUAGAGGUUGAGGCAUCGGUGCUGAAGGAAUUGAAAUCUGAGAGGGAAGCACAGCUUAAAGAGACGGAAAGUACGAUGAGGUCGUUAGCAUCUGAGAACUCAAGUCUUAAUGUUAGCAAGGCUGUUCUUGAGCACCAACUGAAAGAAGCCCAAGACGCCCUUGUUGAUGCGAAAAUUGCAAAAGCUAGCCUGGCAGAUGAGCUGAGAACAGCACUGGAAAAUGCAUCCAGCGUUGCAACACCAGCCCAGAUCAACACGGCAAGAUCCUUCCCUGGAGCUGACGCUCCAAGAAAAUUGAAUGCCAAUCUCGAACAUGAAGGCGCAGCAAUUCUUCGAAAUCAGCUUGAGACUUCCCAGCGUGAACUUGAAACUUUGAAGAUGCGAUCAGAGAAAAUGGGAAGGGAUCUAGCAAAAUCAACAUUGCAGGAAACUGAAUUGAAAGCGCAAUUGGAUCAAUUGAAGAACCAAGUUGCUGAGGCGAAGGAAAGAGUUUCCAAGAACACGUUGUUCAAAGACGACUUGUCAUCAGCAGAGGAAGAGAAUCAAGCACUUCAACGGAAGCUCGAUCGGGCACUCAAGGCUCAGAAAAGCUUGGAGAACACUGCAGAACGGUACCGGAGGUCAAUUCCACAAUUGGAAACCGAGCUUCAGGAAGCUCGCGACAGGCAUGAAAUGUCAGAGCGAAAAAGUACUGAGUUACAACGCCGUUAUGGUGAUGAAGUGCAAACCUUGCAUGGCGAAAAAGAGAGCCUGCAAAACGAUGUUUCCAAAAUGUCCAAGGAACUAGAGAGGUUGCGGGCAGGUGCUCGCGAUUCUGAAAGCUUAGUUGAGAAGUACCGUGGGAAAAUCAGGCAGCUUGAAGAAGAAGAAGCCGAAACACGGCAAGAAAGGGGGAGCUUCAAGCCAAGCCGUGAACCAUGGAAGGAGCUUAGUGAUGACCUUGCCCUAAUGAAAGCUCAAAAGGACUUAAUUGAGGUAAAUCUUGCUGAAAGCGACCGUAAGCUGGCCGUCGCACAAAACAAACAGCAAAAGACCGAUAGGCUUCUUGAGAAGUACCAAACGACAAUCGCUCAGUUGGAAGAAGAAUUAGGCAAUGUCCAACGGGAAAGGGACAUGUUCCUUGAGCCCGAUAGCAACGACUCGAAGGAGCUUGAAAGCGUCAAGGCAGAACGGGAUGAGCUUCAGGUGGCGGUCUCUAGACUCCAAGAACAACUUUCAGAGGCCAAUGGAUCGAUCGUCGAUACGCGAGAGGCUUUGUUAUUUGAGCUUGCGGAACUUCAGGAUGCCACAACGGAAACGGAGCUCCAGGUCACUCAUACGGUGGAACAACUGAAAGGUUCGCUGUCGUCUUCACGACACGAACAGGAGCUUGCACAGCAGAUGCUUGAGCAAUUGAAAACUGCCCUUUCUUCUUCACAGCAAGACAAGGAGCGCGCUCAACAGAGCAUGGAGCAGUUAAACACUUCCCUUUCUUCGUCACAGGAAGAAAACCAACGUCUACGAGACGAUAUCAAAACUAUGAAGGAAGCUGCAAAUAGCCAAGCGGAUAGAAUUCGAGCUCUCGAGGACGAAAAGAAACGAUUUGACCAUCUCCGCUCCGAUCUUGAUGAAGUCCAAAAAGAAAAGGAAUUGCUGAACAAAAAGCUGCAAGCACUGAAGGACGAGAUUUCAAAACUCGAACGUUCAAGCAGCAAGACGAAGAGACAACAAGAAACAGAUCUAAAGAAAAUGGCCGAGGAAUUGCGUGGGAUUGAGGAAGACAACCGUGCUCUAAAAAAGGUGUCAGAGGUUGCCAACGAAAAAGCUGCCGAUCUAACCGAGUCUCUCGCAGCUCAGAAACGAGACAACAAGAAAUUGCAAGACGAGUUGAAAAACAUUGCAAGAGAAAGCGCGAAGCACAAGAAUUCUGCUCAGAAACUCGAGAAGAGCAUCCAGGAACACGUAGCAUCUGCUCAGAGGAAAGCAAAGAAGUUAGACAAGGCAAAAGCUGAGACGAAGCAAGUGAGGACAAAGCUAGAGCGACGCGAUCUUGAACUCGAGGAAGCUCGAGUGGCACGUGAUUCAGCUCAGCAAUCUCUGAAGGAGCUUGAAUCUCUCGGGGAGGGCAGUCGCAAGAGCAACGAAAAGGAAUCAAGAACCAACAUUGAAAAACUUGACAAAGUCACAAAGGAUUUGAUCUUGUCUCAAAAGGAAGGCAGGGAAAAGGGGCGGCAGCUGGAACAAAAGGAUAGACGGAUUGACCAGCUUGUGGCGGAGAUGCGUGGAAUGCAACAGACUCGCUCAAAGGAGGCUGAAGCGAUGAAAAUGCAAAUAGCAUUGCUAGACGAAAGGGCAGAAGGAUUGCGCCGGGCAUACUCAGACGCAAGUUCGGCCAGAAAGAGUUUGGAUGAGCAGCUGAAAGAGGCUAGGGAUGAGAAUGAUCGUUUAAAAGACGAAGUCGCCUCUUUUGCUUCGGGUGAAAAAGUGCGCAGUCGCGAAGUCGAAUUGGCAACUCAGGAGCUCUCAACCAGGGCAGAGCAGCUAGAGAAUAAACUGGCUUCUGCUGAAUCAGAGCGAAACGACUUGUCUAAGCAGAUAAAGGAAGCUCGGAAUGCUCUUGGAGUUGCGUUGGAAACGGCCGCUGCGGCGCAAUCUGCCCUGGAGAAGGCAGAAUGCGAAAAGUCCGCCACUGUAAAGGGUUUGGCGGAGAUUCUCAAAGUUGCCAAAGGUGGCGCAGAGCUGGGCAAGCGGAGACGAAUAGACGGAGAACAGCAGGACCCGCUCGAUCUAAUUGCUGAGUUGAAGACUUGGGUCGACAAUGCAGCUGCCUGCCAAGAGGAAGCCAUUAAAGCUGGGUUAGAACUCGAAGCUGCUCUUGAAGAUUCGCACGAAUACUCAAGGGAGCUACGAAACACUGUGGAAGCGAAGAAUGACGAUUUGAUCAAACUGCGCGGCACCUUCAAUGCAGACAAAAAGGAGCUCAUGGCGCAACUGCUACAGCUGGAAGGCGUGGUUGAUCGUGUCGCCCGCGAGAACACAAAAACGAUUGAAAAGCUUCGUAAGGAGCUCGGCGUCGGGAGGCUGGAGGCGCGUGAUCUCCGUGACGACCUUGAUUCUGCGAAGAAGGAUGCCGGCGAACUGCGCGAGGAACUCGAUGCCGCGCAAAAUGAGGCUAAGGGGCUCCGAGGUGAGCUGGAGAGUGCCAAAACAGCGCUGGAGGAGACUUUCCGUGACAAGGAAACUCUGGAGAAAGACUUGAUUGAAACGAAGGCCAGUUUGGAAACUCUGCAAGCCAAACAUAUCGAGUCUGAGAACGAUAUCAAGAAUCUACAAAAGUCACUUCAUGACAUGGACGAAGAGAACAAGGCUCUGAGAUCUUCCUUGGCAGAGUCUGAUGCUACACUGGCGGCUCUGAAAGAUGAACAUUCCAAGCUUGUCGAAGAGCAUGAUGCGCUCCAGACUAACCACCGCUCUACGGAAGAAGACCUGAAACAAUCGCUUGAAAGAGCAGACGUGCUAGAUGCUGAAAAAGAGGCACUGCAAAACUUCCUGGACGAAAUCGUUCAAGAACGGGAUGACACCGUGAAGCUGAAGGGCGCGUUAGAGAAGUGCUUGGAUGACGCCAGAACGUCUGUUGGGGCAUUGAAACAGAGUGUUGCGAUGCUUGACUCGGAGUCAAACCGUCUUAAUAAUGUGCUGUCGAGUAACUUGCCCAACAGAGCAAUCGAACGUGAACACGGAGAUGCAGAUGAUUCCCUUGGAGACACAGAAGUCCGAGAAGACGCUGAGGAACUUCAGCAGAGAACCGCUUGGAAGCCCAUUGGCGUGCGAGGGGAAAGUAGUGCCUCCGCUGGGGACAACCCCAUUGGUUCUGAUCAUCGAGGGGAGGCCAAUGUUUCUUCUAGUCCUGCCAAUUUCCGAGCAGAAAAGAGGAAACGGCAAUCUUCUGGUCCUUCCGUGGUAAAAAGCAAAAGGAUACCAAAAUCUGGCAAGGCUUUGGCAGCAACCAAAGCAAAGGGCGCAGUGUCCGCAUCGAAGAAGAGACCAGGAAGAGUAGCAGAGCCUGGACGUCACUUGUCUCGUCAACCAGAAGUUUCACAUGGAGAUACCGCUGGAGUUCCAUCCGUUCGAAGGAUGGAAUCGGCCGACCAGAGGAGCGCAGCUGCAACUGCAUCUCCUGGAGAUGAUGCUUCAAACCCAGCAACUUCCCGGUUGGAAACACCGCAUGAGAGAAGCGGCGUUGCCGGGGAUGGUUCUCUGGAACAAAGUGCUCCAAGGUUGGACGCGUCAGUUGCGCGCGAUGCGGUUACGACUGUUGCUUUACAAGAAGACGACAUCUCGACCGUUCUAACUGGACCUUCAACGAGUGAACAGCGUUCAUCAUCUAGGGAUAGACGAAUCGACACGCCUCGUCAAGGAAACAAGAGUCGAAAGGAUGCAAUCCAGCGGUAUCCACUAACGGAAGCGAGAGACAGUGCCAGGCGAACUGCCCAGUCGUUGACGCCGUUGUCGAGAUACGAAGCUGAAAAAGCGUCAUACGUGCAGCAGCGGAUGGCAAAAUCGGCUGCUGGUGCUCCAUCACAACAGCGACAAUCUAGGCUCUCCGACGGAAGGCGUUCAGAUGCCUUCGCACCUGUAGCGGACCCAUAUUCGUAUCGCAGUUCGAGGAUGUCAUCAGGCAGACCAGCUAGCCGACCAAUCUACAAUUCCAUGAUUCAUGAUCCCUACUACUCAAUGGCAGAUGAUCGGCGUGGUGGUGUCCAUAUUGACCCUGAAGUGUUUGACUCGCCUCAGAACUACAGGAGGACUCCUGCAGGUCGUCGGUAUGUACCGCACCGAGGUCCGUCCCAUGGUGGCGACUACGAUCGGCCAAGAGAGUGGCAGCGACGAAAUCCCAUGAUAGCAGCCCCUGAAUCUGUUCGCCCGCCACGCCGACCCUACACGUCGUCGAGAACCUCCUCUUCUCUACGGGAUCGACAGGGCUUUGGAGACAGGGACACACAUCAGCCACGUACCGGUAGAACCGGCGUUUCAUCGUCGUCGUUGCGAUCGGAUCCAGGAAGAUCAAUGAGUCCAAGCUCUCGCCCACUACGACGGCCCAAGAACCCCAACGCUCUCACACUUGCGCUGGAAAGUAUCUGCGACCCAUCCGCCGUGGCUGGGUUUGAGAGCGGCUCUCGUGGUGGCGCUGCUGCUGCCAGUGCGAGUUCCAGCACGAGCACGCCGCGUCACGACCCACCUACCCGCGGGGGCAAGGAGAGUUUGGAUGUCUCUGGAGACUAUCAAGACAUGUGGGAAGACACCCGUUCGAAAAUGGACCGAGUAUUGAACAAGUUGGACGAGGUACGAUGGAAGUCACUGGCUCUCGUUUGA